GGGAGCUGGAGAGACCGAGCGAUGCUCCGGUCCUGACCGAAAGCGAGCGGAUUAGCCGUCUAUUCGGAGCGCUGAUGGGAUCGGAGGGUCACCGCAGACAUGGGCAGCGGCAGCGCUGAGCUCCUUGGGGAGCUCCUUCUCCGUCGCCUCCUCGGCGCUGGAAAUGGCGUUGGGAUGCGGGCGGACGCCUGGCUGUAGACAUUGCGCGAUCGCCGAUGCCGGUUCGUGGUGCGCGGAUUCGCGGUACGACUCAAAAUGAAAUAUCAGAAAUACAUCACUGUCAUGCAGUUGGCCCUGGGAGUGACUGCGAUCAACAAGGAGCACUGCCUUCCCCCUAGGAGGAAAAUGUGGGUGACCCCCAACUUGGAGACCUCCAGCACCGGUGCCUCCUCGGUGAGUGGUGGCCAGGGCAGGCCCUCACUGCGCAGGAUCAAAGGCAGGAUUCACCGGAGCAAGAGCCUGGAUAGCAUGGACCUGCUGGACUGCAAUAGUGCCACGAUGGAGGAGACCGUCAUAUGGGAGCAGCACACAGUUACCCUGCACAGGGCUCCGGGGUUCGGAUUUGGGAUUGCCAUCUCUGGAGGUCGAGAUAACCCCCAUUUUCAGAGCGGAGAGACUUCCAUUGUCAUCUCCGACGUGCUUAAAGGAGGCCCCGCUGAAGGGCUCUUACAAGAAAAUGACAGAGUGGUGAUGGUCAACUCCGUCUCCAUGGACAACGUUGAGCACGCGUAUGCCGUGCAGCAGCUUCGGAAGAGUGGAAAGAAUGCCAAGAUUACGAUCCGCCGGAAGCGGAAGGUGCAGGUGCCGGUGGCCCGUCUGGGCGAGAGGGGAGCCAUGUCCGAGCAGGAGGACGACGAUGACAGUUACGAGGAGAUGUACGACGGGCAGAGUGCGCGCAGUGGUCCCAGCGUCUACGGCGGGGCGGGGCGCCAGGGAGGCCGCAGGGGCGAGCGGAGCACUGUGCGCCGGGACCGCAGUGCGUCCCGGGAGAGGAGCCUCUCGCCUCGCUCGGACCGCCACUCCACUGUCUCCAUCCCACCGCCCCCACGGCCCUCCAAGGUCACCCUGGUGAAGUCCCGCAAGAAUGAAGGUGGGCAGCAAGAAUAUGGUCUGCGACUGGCCAGCCACAUCUUCGUGAAGGACAUCUCCCCCGAGAGUCUGGCUGCCCGAGACGGCAACAUCCAGGAGGGGGAUGUGGUUCUGAAGAUCAACGGCACAGUGACAGAGAAUCUGUCCCUGGUCGAUGCCAAGAAGCUGAUCGAGAGGUCAAAGGGGAAGCUGAAGAUGGUGGUGCAGAGAGACGAGAGGGCGACGCUGUUGAACAUUCCUGACCUGGACGAUAGCAUCCCAUCCGCCAACGCCUCUGACCGGGACGACAUUUCUGAAAUUCACACACUGGCAUCAGACCAUUCCAAUCGAUCACAUGACAGGAAGCGUGGCAGUUGCUCGCGUUCCCCCGACAGACAGUCUGAGCCCUCUGAGCACUCCGGCCACUCCCCCCAGCAGACCAGCAAUGGCAGCCACAGAAGUCGCGAGGAGGAGCGAAGUUCAAAGCCAGGCACCGUAUCCACCCCCGUUAAGUUAGCGGAAGACGCGCUAUCCUCCAAGGUCAGCGAGCAGCCUGGGGCCAAAGAGGAGAAACAGCGCCCCCCGCUGCCAGAGCCCAAACCCGUGUACGCCCAGCCCGGCCAGCCUGACGUCGACCUGCCCGUGAGCCCCUCGGAUGCCCCUGUGCCCAGCGCCGCCCAUGACGACAGCAUUCUCAGACCGAGCAUGAAGCUGGUGAAGUUCAAGAAGGGUGAGAGCGUGGGACUGCGCCUGGCGGGGGGCAAUGAUGUGGGCAUCUUUGUGGCCGGCGUGCUGGAGGACAGCCUGGCAGCUAAGGAGGGCCUGGAGGAAGGGGAUCAGAUUCUCAGGGUAAACAACGUAGACUUUGCAAAUAUCAUCCGAGAAGAGGCAGUGCUCUUCCUCCUUGAUCUUCCCAAAGGUGAAGAGGUCACCAUUCUGGCGCAAAAGAAGAAGGACGUGUAUCGCAGGAUCGUGGAGUCGGACGUUGGUGAUUCGUUCUACAUCCGCACCCACUUUGAGUAUGAGAAGGAGUCCCCCUAUGGGCUGAGCUUCAACAAGGGCGAGGUCUUCCGCGUGGUGGACACCCUUUACAACGGCAAGCUGGGCUCCUGGCUGGCCAUCCGCAUCGGCAAGAACCACCAGGAGGUGGAGAGAGGCAUCAUCCCCAACAAAAACAGGGCAGAGCAGCUGUCCAGUGUGCAGUACACCCUUCCCAAAACGCCUGGAGGCGACCGCGCAGACUUCUGGAGGUUCCGCGGCCUCCGUAGCUCCAAGAGGAACCUCAGGAAGAGCAGGGAAGACCUUUCGGCCCAGCCAGUCCAAACCAAAUUCCCCGCCUACGAGAGAGUGGUGCUAAGGGAGGCCGGCUUCCUGAGGCCUGUGGUGAUCUUCGGGCCCAUUGCCGACGUGGCACGCGAUAAGCUGGCCAGAGAGGAGCCGGACCUGUUUGAGCUGGCCAAGAGUGAGCCCCGCGAUGCUGGGACAGACCAGAGAAGUUCUGGAAUCAUCCGGCUGCAUACCAUCAAGCAGAUCAUCGACCGGGACAAGCACGCGGUGCUGGACAUCACACCCAACGCGGUGGACCGACUGAACUAUGCGCAGUGGUACCCCAUGGUGGUCUUCCUGAACCCCGACAGCAAGCAGGGCGUGAAGAACAUGAGGGCGCGUCUCUGUCCUGAGUCCAGGAAGAGCGGCAGGAAGCUAUACGAGCGAGCCCUCAAGCUGAGGAAGAACAACCAGCACCUCUUCACCACCACCAUCAACCUGAACCACAUGAAUGAUGGAUGGUACGGAGCCCUCAAAGAGACGAUCCAGCAGCAACAGAACCAGCUAGUUUGGGUCUCUGAAGGCAAGGCCGACGGCGCCCCCGAGGACGACCUGGACAUCCACGACGACCGGCUGUCCUACCUGUCAGCGCCGGGCAGCGAGUACUCGAUGUACAGCACGGACAGCCGGCACACCUCCGAUUACGAGGAUACGGACACGGAGGGGGGCGCCUACACGGACCAGGAGCUCGAUGAAACCCUGAACGAUGAGGCGGGGCCACCCCCCGAGCCCGCCAUCACGCGCUCCUCCGAGCCCGUGCGCGACGACCCGCCUGUCAUGCCCAAUGCCCCUCCCCCAGGGUACCCACCCCCCCGCGCAGAUCCAGCUGGCUUUAAGGCACCCAUCCCGCCACAGAAAGCAGAAGCUGCCCCCGCCACCCCUUGCCUCCUCCCCCAGCCGCCAGAGUCCGUGGCUGAAACAGCGCCCCCCACUGUCCGCCACUCUGUUCAUGUGGCUGCCGCAAGCCCCGAGGAGCCCCCUCCAGUUCCACAGAGGGACCACUGGCCCUCCUCUGAGCUAGUCCAGUCCCCGACACACAACCCUCACCCGUCCGGACUGCCCGGUUCAGAGGCGAAGAUGUACAAGAAAGACCCGUACAGCCCCGAGGAGCCGGUGAGACCGAACCACGGCCCGAAGCAGCCCCCAACGGGGCCAGCUCCACCCUACGGGGACGAGCCGCCGUACCGGGAUUACGAGCAGCCGUCAUUCCGCUGUGGAGGCGAAUACCUGGAUCCCCACAAACACUACGAGAACCGCAUGCCUCCGUACGACGAGCACUGGGCUGCGUACCGGGAGCAGCCUGCGCCCCCCGCACCGGCGUAUCACCCUGCCCGGCAGCCCUUUGGGCCCCCGCCUGAAAUGCGGCCCCUGUUCGAGGAGGGGCCUGGCCGUGACUACGGCCCCCUGCAACCGCGGUAUGACGACGGCGCCCUGAACUACACAGGUCGGCCGCGUUACGGCAGGCCGGGCUCGCUGCGCUUCGAGGAACUCCCCCCUGCACCCCCAGGGGGCUAUGAUGGGCACUACAACACAGAGCCCCAUGCCUUCCCGCCAGGGGCCCCUCGCUCACCGGAACCUCCCAGGCAGUACUAUAUGGACUCGACCAGGCCGAGCUACAGCCGCGGGUACAAAUCAGGCGAGUAUGAGCCCACCCUCAACACGGACGGCCCCCCACCCCCUCCCAAAGCAGACGUCCUCCCCUCGCCCGGGGAGUCCACCCAGAACAUGGCAUCCAAGGUAACGUCACCCGCUUCGAGGGACGAGCUGGAGGACGACCCGGCCAUGAAGCCCCUGUCUGUGCUGACCCGGGUCAAGAUGUUAGAAAACAAGCACUCCGUGUCAAUGGACCGGGACAGGGAGCCAGGCGAGCUGAUGGGACCCAGGUCUGCAGAUGUGCCCCCCAAACCCGUUGCUGCUCCAGCUUCAGCCCCCAAACCAAACACUCUGAGCCACCUGGACCCGGAGAAGGCUGCAUACAGGGCCCCCGAGCCCCAGAAGCCGCAUCCCAAGACCCCGGAGGAGGGGGUGCGCUCCAACCACUACAGCCCCAAUGACGACGAGGACGUGUACAGGAAGCAGCUGUCCUAUUUCGACCGGCGUCCUUUUGACAGCAGACCCACGGCUGUGCCGCCCGAGCCCCCUCGGGCAGCCCCGACCCUGUCACAGACGGCCUACGGCCCUGUCAGGAUGGAUUCUGUGGACAAGGGGAACCCGGUGGAGAAGAGGUACGAGCCCCAGUCCCAGAUGACCCCGUCCUCGUCCCAGUAUGGCCUGCACUCCGCCGCCCUCCCACCGCCCACCCUGCCCAAGCCCAGCCAAGACGUGAACACCUUCUCUGAAUCUCAUGAAAUACUGAAGCCCAACCCAAUAGCUCUGAAGCCCAACAACUGUGAUGAGGCUCUCCAGAGCAGCUACCUUCCCCAGAAGGGCUUCCCAGAGAAGCCAGUCAACGGCUUGGAGCUGCAGCCUCCCAAGCCCUAUGCGCCCCCACCCACCUCCAGCUACAACCGCUACGUCCCCAAGCCCUACACCAGCUCGGCGCGGCCCUUCGAGCGAAAGUUUGACAGCCCCAAGUUCAACCACAACCUGCUACCCAAUGAUACGAACCCCCGAGGCAGCCUGAGGCCUGGAGGACCAGCCAACGGCAGCAGCAAACUUUCUCCACAGGGUGGAGACCUAGACAGUGGGGUGGACACUUUCAGGGGCACCGUGGACAACAGGCCCAAGUACCAGCACAACAGCAUCAAUGCUGUGCCCAAGGCCAUCCCAGUAAGCCCCAGCGCACUGGAGGACGAUGCCGAUGAUGACGGACACACAGUGGUGGCCACGGCACGCGGCAUCUUCAACAGCAACGGCGGGGUGCUGAGCUCCAUCGAGACGGGCGUGAGCAUCAUCAUUCCCCAGGGGGCCAUUCCCGAAGGCGUAGAGCAGGAGAUCUACUUCAAAGUGUGCCGGGACAACAGCAUCCUGCCACCGCUCGACAAAGAGAAAGGCGAGACCCUGCUGAGCCCACUGGUGAUGUGCGGCCCUCAUGGCCUGAAGUUCCUGAAGCCCGUGGAGCUCCGCCUGCCCCACUGUGCCUCCAUGACCCCCGACGGUUGGUCUUUCGCUCUAAAAUCCUCUGACUCCUCCUCGGGUGACCCCAAAAGCUGGCAAAACAAAUCGAUCCCCGGCGACCCAAGCUAUCUGGUGGGUGCCAACUGUGUGUCCGUGCUCAUCGACCACUUCUGAGGAAGGAAACAGCUGGUCUGUUACAGGACG